AUGCCCAACGUCAGCUCUGUGAGCGAGUUCCUCCUGCUGGCAUUCGCAGACACACGUGAGCUGCAGCUCCUGCACUUCGUGCUCUUCCUGGGCAUCUACCUGGCUGCCCUCCUGGGCAACGGCCUCAUCCUCAGUGCCGUAGCCUGCGACCACCGCCUCCACACCCCCAUGUACUUCUUCCUCCUCAACCUCGCCCUCCUCGACCUGGGCUGCAUCUCCACCACUCUGCCCAAAGCCAUGGCCAAUGCCCUCUGGGGCACCAGGGCCAUCUCCUAUCAAGGAUGUGCUGCUCAGGUCUUUCUCUUUGUCUUCUUUAUCACAGCAGAGUAUUGCAUUCUCACCGUCAUGGCCUAUGACCGCUAUGUUGCCAUCUGCAAGCCCCUGCACUACGGGAGCCUCCUGGGCAGCAGAGCUUGUGCCCAGAUGGCAGCAGCUGCCUGGGGCAGUGGCUUUCUCAAUGCUGCCCUGCACACGGCCAGCACAUUUUCCCUGCCCCUCUGCCAAGGCAAUGCUGUGGACCAGUUCUUCUGUGAAAUCCCCCACAUCCUCAAGCUCUCCUGCUCACAUGCCUACCUCAGGGAAGUUGGAUUUAUUGCAUUUAGCUUUUGUUUAGUUGUUGGUUGCUUUGUUUUUAUUGUGGUGUCCUAUGUGCAGAUCUUCAGGGCAGUGCUGAGGAUGCCCUCUGAGCAGGGCCGGCACAAAGCCUUUUCCACGUGCCUCCCUCACCUGGCCGUGGUCUCUCUGUUUAUCAGCACUAUCAUGUUUGCCUACCUGAAGCCCCCCUCCAUCUCCUCCCCAUACCUGGACCUUGCAGUAUCUUUUCUCUACUCCAUGUUCCCUCCAGCAGUGAACCCCCUCAUUUACAGCAUGAGGAACCAGGAGCUCAAGGAUGCACUGAGGAAAUACAUAUUUCUUAAGAAACUAUAAUGUUUCUUUACAUUCUGAGUUUAUCUCAGAAACAGGAAAG